AUGAGGGAAGUGCUCUCUGUUCAGCCCGCUGUGAAGAAAGGAAAGACCAAAGAAAGGGACAUCCUUUCGUUCUCAACCAAGGACUUGGAAAGAGUUCAGAUGCUGCACAAUGAUGCCUUAGUAGUCACUCUUCGCGUCAAGGACUUUGAUAUCAAGAGAAUCCUGAUCGACCAGGGGAGUUCGGUCGAAAUCAUGUAUUAUGACGCGUUCAAGCAGAUGAAGUUAGAAGACAAGGACUUGGCCCCUGCGACGUCUUCUUUGGUCGGCUUCAACUCACAGCCGGAGUGGCCAAUCGGGAAGAUUAUUUUGCCGGUCAAAGCGGGUUCAGUAGUAAAGCAAGUGGAGUUCUGGGUGCUCAAAGUUCCAUCCACCUACAACUUGAUCUUAGGUAGGGGAUGGCUGCACGCCAUGCAAGCGGUUGCCUCGACCUUCCACCAAGUCAUGCGCUUUCCGGCAUCGAGCGGGCAAAUAGAGGAAGUUUGGGGAGACCAGGUGAUGGCAAAACAAUGCUUCGUUGCGGUAAAUGGCAGCCAAGCAGCCAAAGGGUUUGUCCAAAUGAUCGAGGGGCCCGAGGGAAAAGAGGUCCUUGACGACGUGGGAAGGAAGGCCGAGGAAAAAUCGGUCGAAGAUUUGGUGGAAGUGCGCUUUGACGAAAACGAUCCAACUAAAUUCUUCCUCUUUGGAUCAUCUUUGUCUAGUGCCGAGCAAGCGGAUUAUGUCAACUUCUUGGUUUCCAAUUUGGUGGCCUUUGCCUGGACGCCUUACGACAUGCUUGGUGUCGACCCGAGCUUCAUCUGUCAUCAGUUGAAUGUUUUUCCCAACGCACGGCCAGUCAUUCAUAGGACGCGCCAUUCAGCCCUGCACCAUGCUGAAGUGGUGGCGGAAGAAGUGAAGAACUUGUUGGAAGCCGGGGCUAUAGAAGAAGUGCAAUACCCUCGGUGGAUAUCCAACACGGUGGUUGUUCCGAAGAAAAACGGCAAGUAG